GAGAGAGAGAGGCAGAACUGUCUCCAAAGAACCAAAAAUGUCACUUUUGUCAUGGGCAUUUUUCUUUUUGCACAACAAGGGAUAGAAAGGAAACUUUGGGCAAUCUCAGAGCCAGAGAAUAUGGGGCAUCUGUGGCCCUCCAGGCUGUUAUAGACUGCAAUGGGGGGCAGUGUUGUUUAGUGGUUAGAGCAGUGGACUGGGACUGGAGGUUUCGAAUCAUGCCCCACAGCCAGGCCAUGUUCCUCUGGCCUCAUGAGGAGCCUCUUUUGUGGGGCUAGCGAGUCUGGGCCUAGGCCACGUGGAAAGGGUCUUGCAGGGUGCGGCCUUCAGGCCCCACAGCCAGGCAAAUUUAUUUCAUACCACACCAUAUGGCAGCCAUUUUGUCUUUUGCUAUGUUCUCAUUGGUAGCCAAUCGGUGGACUGGCCCAUGUAGCACUUUCCCAAAAUUGGUCUGGCUCCGUAUAAGGCAGCUUCCUCUGUUCUUAUCAUAUGAAAUACCCCACUUUGUAUGUUAAUAGGAGCACAGGAUGUUCUGCAUUUAUAUCCUAAGGGGGGGGGAGAUCUCAUGAGCGAUAUGUUCAAAUGUGUUUUUACGCUUGGGGGGCUGCUGCGUCGCUUGUUCCUGAAUCUUUUCUUCCUUCUAAAUGCCCUGAAGAUCCAUUGCACACCUUGACUUGCAUGAAACCUCCUCUCUCUUAUUUGCUCAGUGAACCACACCAGGAGAAGGAGGAAUGAAGGAAAACAGAAAUCCGGCCUGAGAACGGAGGUCCCUGUCAAGAGAAUGGCCAAGAUCUCCUCAGGUGAGGAUGAAAGGGGAGGCAGGGAAAAGCAAAGAGCCCCUGAAAACAUCCCCCCACUUGGGAAGAACUUGUCGGCCAAACCCCUGCACGGAAGUGUAUCUGCAUGAAGACGGUCAGCACUUUUCUAUUGGAUGGGUGUCACUGAGCAGAGUUUUCAAUGGAGAUGGUGUAUCCGGAUUAAGUGGGGGAAACAGAAUGGGAGAGCAUUUGGGUGUGGAUGAUGUCAUGCAGAUACAGAACUGGACUUGCGUCUUUGACGGGGUGAGCUCCCAUUGCUCGGUCCCAGCUCCUGCCAACCUAGCAGUUCCAAACCACGUCAAAGUGCAAGUAGAUAAAUAGGUACCGCUCUGGAGGGACGGUAAACGGCGUUUCUGUGUGCUGUUCUGGUUUCGCCAGAAGUGGCUUAGUCAUGCUGGCCACAUGACCCGGAAAAACUGUCUGCGGACCAACGUCGGCUGCCUCGGCCAGUAAAGCCAGAUGAGUGGCACCCCCCCCCCCAGUUGCCUGUGACUGGACUUAAGUGUCAGGGGUCCUUUACCUUUACCUUUUUAAAAGCACUGCACACUGCCAUGCAAUGUGAAAGUGCGUCAUCUUAUCAAUGGUCACAACUCCUGAAAUGAAUGGAUGGCUCCAAUGCUCCAUUUGCUGCCUUCCUUCAAACAUUAACAUUUGUGUAUGUUCUAAGAUGUUUAAAAUAGUCCAAAAGAUGACAGCUUUUAAUUCCUCUGAAUUUGAUAUCUACUUUAGAUUUUUAAAGGCUGGCUCCCAAAGUUAUUUCAGGUGAAAUAGAUGGAUUUAGGCCCAUUGCUUGGCCAAAUGUUAAUCACACACACACACACUUCAGUGGAAACUGCAUGCAGCUGAGCAGCUCACAUUCAGAGCAUCAACACAGAAAGGAAAGGAAAGAAAGCAACACAAAUAUUUUGACUGAAGUGUCUUAGGAAAGCGAUUUUAAAUCAUGGGCACCUAGGUUCUGAAAAUGGUGUUGCCCGUAUUGGUGUGAGUGAUGGGGUCCCAUGGCACAAAUUUCAUGUAAUCCCAGUGCAAAGGAAAAGAGCUAACAUCUUCUCCCUUACUAUAAUGUCCAAACAAGAUGUGAUGGGGAAGAAGAAUGAGAGGUUUGUAGGGAGUCUUCAAUAAUUUUGCCAAGGAGAUUCAUAUGGUUCAGGGCCUCAUGCUAUUAGCCUUUCUUGUACAUGGAGAUCCUUUAUGAAAUGCAUUCAGGACCAUCAAACAAAUCUGUACUGAGAUACACAUACUGUAUUUUUACUGCUGGAACUGCUCUGAAUCUGACUUCAGGAAGAACAUGUUUUAACUGCACAGUGUCCUGGAAAAGACACUCUGCAUUGGGAAAGAAGGGAACUGAGUUCCCUUCCAUUUUCCACUUCCUGAUGUUCCAAAUGACCAGUACCCUGGAGUUAUGAUUUGUGUUGUUGUCAGGAUUCUAACUGUAACUGACCUAAGAAUUCUGCAGAGCAGUUGCUGCUGUGGCUGGCCGGCUGCUCAGGCGAACGUCAGCUCAGUGGCCAACAGCUCAGUCUUCUUGAGGCUCAGGAAUACCUAGCAAAUACCUGCUCUGUUCCUGGCACGCUAGACUCUAGCUGAGGAAAACAUUUCACGUAAGUUUAUGGAUUAAACAUUCCGCACUAUGCCAUAGCUGUGUUUAUGCUCGGUGGAAAAGGAUAGCUGCAGUAGCAGAUAGCAGAACAACGAAACAUGAGCAGCUCCCAUCCACAACAGGUUGCUGAGGUUCUGGCCAUUUUCACAGGAACAGUGCAAGAGUAUAUUAAAUCAGUAGCAGUUUGCUGGAAGAAAGUAUGUGUGGAUCAGAUGUCUAUACCUAACCAGGGGGCGGGAGAGAGCAGGGAAACUCUUUCUUUUGCUGCUUCUUUCUGUGCAUGGAAGGAAGAAUUCAGGAGGGAGGAUGUCCUUCAAUGACUAGACAUGCUUGUUAUUCCCUCUCUCACUGCAUGUUGUCUUCUCUUUUGCUUCCAGGAUGUCUUCCAAGGUCUCCCCUGCUCCCCUCCUCUCCAAACCCCCCCUGCGGGUGAAAGAAGGCUCCCUGGUAGUCAGAUGGCUGAGAUUAGUGUCCUGCCUCCAGCUGUGUGCAUUCCUGAUGGAUAUUAUGGCCUGGAUGAUGUGCAUUGCCUCAACAGCCAUUGUCAACUGGAGAGUGUGGCGUGUGGAAAACAUCAAGGGAAUUGGCUCUGGAAACAUCUGGAUUGGAAUCUGGCAGGUCUGUUUUUUGAAAGACCCUUCUAACGACGGAAACUAUUAUUACCAUUGUGAAGAGCUCCAUGAACAACAUCCAACCCUCCCGAGGGAAAUUUUUAUUGCUCAGGACUUAAUGGCCUUAGCUGCCAUUAUGAAUUCAGCGGCCCUUGGAUUACAGUCAUUCGCCCUCUACAAUGUGUUCGAGCCCAGAAAACAUAAGGAUUUUCUCUUAACCUUUUUUGGGCUUGGAGCUCUGCUGAACUUACCAGCAGGGAUACUCGUCCUGAUUUCCGUGAUAUGGAACAUGUCUGCUGUCUUACAAAAUGGGGAAAUUGACUUCCCUGAAACUUUUGAAUUGCCUCAAAUUCCCAGCGAGCAGCAUAUUGGACCUUCUAUUUAUCUAGGCUAUAUCGCUGCAGGUUUCCAGCUGCUGAGUGCAGCAUUGGUUGGGAUGGAGAGAUGUUGCAUCAGGACCACCACAACAGAUACAUCUCAAAUAGAAACUGUAGUGGUGAUUACCCCAGGAAGUGCGGUGAAAAGCGAGAGUCUUACUACUUGUUCAAAGUGUGGUUCUCUGCUGGACCUGGUAAUUCAAGAGAAAUCCUCCGCAGUGGAGAUGGAGGAAACCCAUGCGGAAGAUCUUGUCAUUCCAGAGGAAUCCUGCACAGUGGAGAUGGAGGAAAGCCAUACACCCAAAGCUCACCUGAAGGACAUCAAAGGCCACCUGAUGUCCCCAAACAUACGAUUAUACAUGUGAUUCCCUACAACAGGGAGUCGUAAACUAUCAGAUGCAGAUCCACGCAGAUCGCUCCAUACACGCAUAGAUCUGCGUGGAUCAGGACUUCAGGGAUUGUGGGACCAGGUGGGCUUUGAUGUCCUUCAGGUGAAGAGGCCUC